AUGUUGCAGCGGCCGCGACUCAAGCCAUUCUCAACCACGCCAGCUGCCGCCAUGCUUGCCUCAAUCACUGCGUCCCCGCUGUUGAUGCAGCACGGCCGUUCGACGUUCGAAGGAAGCAAGGUAAUCCAUUUUAAUAACGAGCUUGGACUGGGAUUGGGAAUCAAUUUUUAUGACGCGGAGGGGAAUCUCAAGUCGACCCCCAUAUUGAAGAGUAAAGGUGAAGGACAGGGUGAAGGUGAAGGUGAACAGGAAGAUGCGGUUGGGGUUGAUGUUGGAAGCGGAAGCGGGAGCGGGAGCUCCCUGAACAGCACGGCCACAGCAGAGGCGCAGCACCCGCAGGAGGCGGCGUCGUCGUCCCCUCGAGCCACCGACGCAGAUGCAGGCACAAACACCAGUCAACACAACAUCUCCCUUAUCGACGACCUGCUCCGAGAGACCUACCGUGCACAGGCCGAGACCUUUGUUCGUUGUGGCCGAAGCGCAUCUACCUCUACUUCAGUUCGAUCGUUUUUACAAACACUCUCUGGCGGUUCCACUUCAUCUCACGGUAAAUCGCCGCUCCUUGCUCCGGAGACUUUGCUGUCCAUCUUUCCGUUAAAACGGCCUGCACCCAAACCAAACGUUGUCGCCAUCGAGCGAAGUAAGCCACUUGUGCUAGUCCCGCAGCAGUUCUCAGUUGGCGAGAGUUGUUCUAUCAGAACUCCCAGCGGCCGGGUAGUUGUUCAGUCAUACAGCAUCAGAAGUGGUCUGAGUCCAUCUCGAGCUGUGCCCAACUCCCCCUUCCCCUACACCAUCUACGGCCACAGGUUCUUCUCGGUUCCAACAAACGCCUCUCCCACCAUCGUCGACGAAGACUCCCAAAAGGACCUUGGCGUGGACCUAAUCAAUCGAGGUCCAUUCUAUUUCACCCCACAAGAGCGCCGAGCCAUUCAGGAACUUGUGCUCUCGAACCCACAAAGCUGUAACAAGCAUCGAAAUUGCACCGAUUGUCAAGAGGUCCAAUAUUCCUACUUGGAAAACAUAGCCAUGCCUACUUCUAUCCCGCCUGACGAUCGUCAAAAGAUCAUCAACAGCAACCGUGCUCUACGUAAUAUCAAGAAUGAGCUAGAGAAUCUUGCCGAGAAUGGCGCGAUCAGUGAUGAGGCCUACGAUACGAUUAUGAACGCUCUUCCGGCCGAAUCCCCACUCAACGGGCCUGCUGCUCGAGCACAUGCCGCGCCUUCAGCUUCCGCUACUCCCGCUCCUCCCACCAACGCUUUCUCCAAUGUGAAAGGUAAUAACGACCCUCCACCACCUGCAUAUACUUCGCCAUCCACACCAUCUCUUCCGAGUCGUGGCCCAUCAUCCAAGCCCGAGAUUUCUCGCGCUACAGCCCUCUACCGCUAUGCUGAGCCGGGGGACUGCGGUUUCGAAGUGGGUGAUGAGAUUGCAGUGUAUGAACACAUGAAUGCAGACUGGUGGCAUGGCAAAAACAUCCGCACCGGGCAAGAGGGUGUGUUCCCGGUCAAUUACGUUCAGGUUAAAAGACCAGACCCCGCUGGUAGUGGCUCUUAUGGUUCAUAUGGUAAUGAGAAAGCAAAUGCAUAUCCGGGUGGGUAUCAACAGCAACAGCAACAGGGUCCGCCACCGCCGGGUCCAAGCAAUCCAUACAACAGUGCUGUUCCCCCGAUGCAAAUUGCCGAGGAACCUACCGAGAAUAAACCAGGAAAGGGACAGGAAAUGGGGAAGAAGUUUGGAAAGAAGCUGGGUAAUGCGGCUAUUUUCGGUGCGGGUGCUACUAUUGGAGGGAACCUUGUGAACAGCAUUUUCUAA